CCAAAAAAAAAAAAAAUGAAUUCUACCUUAUUCCAAACAUUGCACGAUAUUAACACACCGGCCACUAAAAGAGCGAUUACACCUCUUGACAAAGCCAACAUUCCCAGACCUUACAAGUGUCCAAUGUGUCCCAAAUCAUUUUACCGCUUAGAACAUCAAACUCGUCAUAUUCGUACUCAUACAGGUGAAAAACCUCAUCAAUGUACAUUUCCCGGUUGUGCCAAAAAGUUUUCACGUUCUGAUGAAUUAACUCGCCAUGUGCGUAUUCACACUUCACCUAACAAGAGACGUGUUCGCAAGAAUAUUAAACAACAACAACAUCAACCCAUUGUGCUUGUUUCUCGCUCAAUGCCACCUUCACCUGCUCUCUCAACAAGUUCCAACUUUUCUCAAGAUAACGACGAAAUGAUUUUUACCCCAGAACAAUCACCCACAUUAUCUCCAACUAUCUUGUCUCCUAUUGGCUCACCAAGGAUCUCAAUGUUUAAAUUGGCUCCGUUAGAAUGUAACCAAUUUGAUUCCAUGUCCACUCGUAUGACAAAGCACAAUCACCCAAGUCUUUUAGAUUUGUUAGAUAGACCUCCUCAAGCACGUGUAUUGCCUCCUAUCAGUCCUUCUGUUUCUACUAUGCCAACAAACAGCCUUAUGAACGAUGCUUCAUUACCCUCCAUUCAUUCUGUUGUUCAAUUCUAAAUUUCAUAUGUAUAUUUUCUCUUUCUUUUCUCUCCUCCCCUUUCAUAGCAUUUCAUGUAUAUAAUAAGCACAAUCACACACACACACACACACAAAUCCCAUUCAUUAAUUAUGUAUAGCAAUUUAUAUAACGCAUUUUAAUAUAACCCUCCCC